ACCAGGUCCUGCGCGGGGGCGACGUCUUGGGGACGACAAUAUAAAUCAAGUCUGCGAGGGCGCGGCGUCGGCCAAAAGUUUUCCUGCAAUCUUUUCCCUCGAAUCAAAUCCGAAAGAAAGAAGAAGAAAGGACAAAGAGAUAUCGCCCUACCGACCUCUUGAGGCGAUCAGCGCAGAGAAGCACUCCAAGCGCAGUACCGUUUCUUCGCCACAAGGCUGGUAUGGCGAAUACUAAUGCAAACUCACAGCUGGGGGAACCCACACAACAGAGUGAAGAUUCUGUUUCUGGUGUGCUGGUUCACAGCCUUUCACGAAGGCUGGAAGUCCUUGAACACUCUGUGCAUUAUUUAGUAGACAAUAUGAUGACAAGACUAUCAGUUAUGGAGGCAAGGGUGGCGGCACUGAUGAGGAGGAUGGAUGGAUAUAAUGACUUGAACAGGAGUUGGUCACAACAGGUGUCACUGGAGUUUCCAGCUGUGUCUCCUGAUGCACCUGUUCUACCUUCACCGCCUCUACCAUCGAGGCAUAAAAAGAAGCAAGGAACCUUGACUUCAAGGAGAGUGAUACGUCGGUACCAAAGGCUUGUCAAGUCCAGUUGGGAUAACAAAUCUUUCAUAAAGCAUGUUAUCAAAAAGAUAAAGAAGAAAAGGCGACAAAGGAGUUGAAGGAUGCCUAAUGAGUAUUCUGCAAGCUAUAUAUUAUAUAGACAACAAUAUUUUUGCUUUAAUAGAAUGCAUUUGAGUUCAACCUUUGUUUGGGAUGCAUUUGAUGUCCGGAUUUUUCAUAAUGAACCCUUAUAUAUUAUUUGAUGUGUUCGUUUAGUAAGAAGUUGGCGAUAUCACACUUAGUACAUAGUAGCUUAUGGUUUCUUUUUGCCUUUUUUUCAUUUUCUGGUGAGACAUUUGCUUUUUAUCAAGACUAGCUCAUUCUGUUAUUUUCAUUCUUCUCCUUUCAGUUAGCAUACUUCUGACAGUGAUGCCCUAUGCUUGGAUAAAGAUACUUGCAGCUUUGUUUGAGCAGAUUUGUUUGUAGUCUAUGAUUUAUUUUUUUUAUCACUGUUGCCAUUGUCAUGAUUUGCCAACAAAGAGAAUCCUCAAUCAAAUAAGCUGACUUCUUUGAAGUAAGUAGUUGCUCGUUUUGUAUCUAGUUUGAUACUAUACUUAUAUCUAGUUUGAUACUAUACUUAAAUCAUAGAGAAAGGGAAUACUUCUUAUUUGCAUGGAAAGAGCAUUUUAGAGCUUGAAGGAUGAUGUUGUUUGGUACAUGGAAUUCUAUUUAUGGACUUUUAUAACUUAUAAGAGAGUUGCGAAACUACUAUAAUCUUGGACAGAAACACUGUUUUGAGCUUUAUUAAACAUUAUGCUGUUUGAGGUUAAUAGACUACAGUUUAUAGUAGUUAAUAGCCAAACAUUUAUAGCGGUUGAGGUAAAGUUUUGCUACAGUAGGAUCAAUAGACAAUUACUGAUUGAUUAUGAUGUAUUUUAGAGCCAAUGGGGAGUGGAUUGUGGUAAACCUUAAUGAAAGUUCUGGCAAGAUUAUACUUGCGCACUGCCUUAAUUUUCUAAUGACCAAGCACAUCCCUUUGUUGUUCAGGUAACAUAAUUUAGCUGUUGCAAUUGCAUGAGAUUUAUAGUUCUAGACAUUACUACAUAAGUUAAUAUAGCUUUUUGGCUCUCUUUCUCAGAGAUGAAGGAACAAAUAGUAGGAAAAAGACACCAGCACCUUCUGUAACAUUAAGGAUUUUUGGCAACAAGUAGUUGAAGAAAGAAUAAAGAAGAUAAAAGAAAUAAAGUUGUGGUGCAAACAGUGAAAAGUACAUAAAAGGCACCUUCCGCAACAUAUUGAGUUAUUGGAAAUAAGCAUAACAAAAGAUUAAAGGAAUGAAGUUGCAGUGCAAACAGUGAAAAGCACAUGAAAGGUGGCUAACUAUUAUCAUUUGUAGAUCCAAGUGUAAUUAUUAGUUUAUCUUGUGGCCUCUUUUUUUUGUUUUAACUGAGGGGAGAUUUGGCCAAAGAGAGGUGAAUGGAGUAAGUAUUGAAUAUAAUUAUAUAAAAUUUAAAAUAGUAACUAGGAGAUUUAACUUAAAAAACAUAGAAGUUUGGUUGGGUAAUUGGUACCACCACUGUGUGCUGUUCUUGGAAUUAUUAGUGCACUGCUGUAACUUUACUCUGGUUGUCAUUAAAAUUAGCAUGACAAUAUUCUAAGACAUCCAUGCUAUUUCAAAAUACAUGAUUGACAAUAUCUUUCUGAAAAUUUCUGCAUUGUGCUUUUACUAGUCUUGCAGCAAGUUCUUUAAGUGAGAACGUAGAGUCCCUUAUUUAUAGGAUUUUAACAAUUUUUUAUGCCGCAAUUCUUUGGUCUUAUUAAGCAUAAUCAGCAAAACCUUUUAAUUAUGAACAUUAUGAGCAAUGUCCAACCUGAGUUAGAAGAUAGUUCUCGCUCUCAUGUACUUCUAGAUGCACACAAAAUGAUGCAUUUAGCAAUUCAUUAACAGAUAUCAAUUGCUAUCCUAUAAUAGGUGGACUGUGACCUAGAGGAGAAAUUACUACCAGCAGUGCUUACAGGUUUCUUAAGGGUCACCCUUCUAAAGAGGAGGGUAAAUGGCUUAGUUGGAAGGCGGUAUGCCAUCUUCUGGUUCCUCCCCAAGUGAAACUGUCUCUGGAAAAUAUGUUGGAAAAGGUUGCUUCCUUCUAGUUGACUUGCACACACAUAUUGCAUGGACGGGUCAACUACUGCCGUUGUUGUCACUUACCAUCGGAACAGAUAUGAACUGCUAACUGUUAUUGGCAGUGGCAGCCUGGCAGAAGCCAUGUUUAAUUAGACUGCUCCACUUUCUCAUAUGAACUAAAAUGAGGAUAAUUUGUCUGUGACAGGUUUUGUUCAACUGUAUAUCCAGUGGCAAAUCUAUGUUUCUUUUUAAACUAUUAUUCAUACUUGAGUAUGUAUUUUUUCAUCUGAAUCUUUGUGUGUUGUAUGACCAGAUUUGUUUCAAGCUGCAGCAGUGGUAUAUAAAAUUUCCAAACUCGUUAUAGAUGAUGAAAUGGGUAGCACAUUUAUAUCCAGUUGGCUGAAUUCUGCUUUUCCUCCUUUCAGGUGCCCAUGAAGCUGUACUUUGUAAAAUUUGUUGUUCCAUGUUAUGGUUAGUAGGAUCCUUAAAAACAGUAUGUGAACUGUUGUGUUCCUCUUUCGUGCUCCGAAUGCAUUCUCCUAUAUUCUUAGUUUGCUUUGAUUGUUGGUCAUUUUGCUCACAAAAGCUUCUGGAUUUAGUGUUUCUUUAUUUUACCUGAAUUUUAAAUCUCAGAUCCAUAUCCUUCACUGGUGUUGGAUUGCUUUGAUGUUACAGUUAGUUUGGAAGAGACUCGAGAUCCUUCAGUAGUGCAUUUGUAGUUAGAAAUGAGAAUUAUUUUGGCCAAUCCUGAGGUCUUUAUGAUGUAAUAUGCUUCAAGUUCAUCUUGUAGUUUCUUUUGCAGGAUAUAUAGCAUGAGCAUCAGUCCUACCCAUUUGAUUGGAAAUGAAAGGAUAGAUUGGGAAUCUAAAUGCACACAGCAUAAAAUCCAAGUGAGCAAUUGCAGCAUUUAAUGAUUCGAGUGGUUUAAAAGAUCAUUAGGAAUUGCUUAUUAUUGCAUUGGGUAAAUAUCAUCAUACCAUGGAGACUUCAGUGAAAUGUAUGUUUUUAUUAGAACAUCAAAAUGUAAUUCACACAUUCUGCUUCUCUUUUCCUGGUAAUAUAUCUUUUCAUGUUUUUCUUGGUCUAUUACUGGCUCAAAAAAAUUUUUUUUUUAAUGACUUUCUGCAUGAUUGAACAAAUCAAAAAGAAAAGAAAUAACAAAGUCUAAUAGACUAAACAAUUGUAUGGAUCAUGUUAUGAAUUUUUUAUAUCUAAAAUAUUUAUCAAUUCAGCAUUAUGAGUUUGAUUGUGACUUGGUAAAGAUUUUAAUAAAUUAUUAUUAGAUUCUACAAUUAUAAUUAACCUUCAACACAUACUCUUAAAAAAAUAAAAAAAAAUAAUAUAACUAACAGAUCAAGAAACCAAAAAAAAAAAAGAGACAUUGGAUAGAAAAUAAUCGAAAAAUGUAAGAAAUAGUAGGAGAAAAAAACAAAGUCAGAAGGCCUACAAAAGUCCAGAUUUCAAGACUAUUAUAAUCGAAAAAUACCCAAAUUUCAAUCCCAAAUUAAACACAAAUAGAAAAUAAGAAGACCAAAACAAAAAAAACGAAAAAAGCCUCACAUCGACCCCAAAAUGGGAGUGUUGUUUUGGAUCCCAACAUCCGCACGAUGGAUUACCGAGUCAAACGCCGAGAGCCGGAACAUGACGUGGCGCGAUGCACAUGCUUUGAGGACGUCCCCUCGAGCCGCUGCUCCCGCCAUUUCCUCCACCAUCGUAUUCUCCCCUCCUCCUCCUCCUCCUCCUCCUCCUCACAAGCAUCGCGUCCACCUCCUUCCUCUCCACUCAUCGUUUCUUUUCCCAGCUUCCUCAACCUUCGUUGCCCAUCUCGCCCCUCGUUGGAGAGAAACCAUGGCGAACGCGGCGUCGGGAAUGGCGGUGAGCGACGAGUGCAAGCUCAAGUUCUUGGAGCUGAAGGCCAAGAGGAACUUUCGGUUCAUCGUCUUCAAGAUCGACGAGAGGAUACAGCAGGUGAUGGUAGAUAAGCUCGGCCAGCCCGACGAGAGCUACGACGACUUCACCGCGUCCCUGCCGGCCGACGAAUGCCGCUACGCCGUCUUCGACUUCGACUUCGUCACCGAUGAGAAUUGCCAGAAGAGCAAGAUCUUCUUCAUCGCUUGGUCACCCGAUGCCGCAAGGGUGAGGAGCAAGAUGCUGUAUGCAAGCUCCAAGGACAGGUUCAAGAGGGAGCUCGAUGGGAUCCAGGUGGAGCUGCAAGCAACAGACCCCAGUGAGAUGAGCAUCGACAUUGUCAAAGGCCGAGCUCUAUGAGAACCUUUUGCGUGCAUGCGUGCGUGCCCUUCGCUCCACCUCGGACCUUCCGUGAGGUGAAGAACC